AAGGACUCGCUGAAAAUGCAGUACCUGCUAUCGUACUUGGACGGCGAGGCGAAGAAAAUGGUCAGCUCGUUCCCUAUCAGUGACGCCAACUACAAAGAAGCCUGGGAAACACUAGAGACCCACUACAACAAGAAAAAGUAUACCGUGUUUGCCCUGGUUCGAGAGUUCAUCGACCAACCAUCUACGUCAACCGUAUCCGGGCUCAAGAAGCUGGUGGCCACAUCCGACGAUGUCAUCCGUCAGCUCAAGGCUCUCGGUAAUGAGUUCGAAUCAAGGGAUCCGUGGCUCAUCCACCUCCUGUUGGAAAAGGUGGACAAGGAAACAAGAUCUUUGUGGGCGCAGAAAAUCAUCGAUGUCGACAGUCCAACGUUUGCUGACUUCCUGGAGUUCCUGCAAAAGCGCUGCGAUGCACUCGAAACGUGCACAGCCUUUACGAAGCGGCCAAGUCAGGCGGAUGCCGGAAAGAAGGAGUACUCCAGAGCACCCGGUGGUGAGAAAGUGCAAACCUUCCAUACCAACGCGUCAUCGGCAACACGCGCCAAGUGCUCAAAGGAUCACCCGAUCUACCACUGUGACCGCUUCAAGGAAAUGGACGUCUCGGCAUGCAGAGAGUUGGCACAAACGUCAAAACUGUGUUUCAACUGUUUGCGCUCCUCGCAUACAGCGAAGAAAUGCCCAUCGAAGUCUGUCUGUCGCUCAACGGAUUGCAAGCAACGUCACCACACCCUGUUGUGCACGCAGCGGGCAACACAAGCUGUCAAGAAGCCGGAGCAGGAUCAGCCCAACCAGGAAUCCAAUCUGGAAUCAGCGUCGUCGGUCAACGUCAACUCAACACAGGCGGUGAAUGACAAAUCUACAAUUACGCUACUACCCACGGCGGUGGUACGUGUCAAGGGCAGUGACGGUCAACUGCACGACGUACGAGGACUAAUCGACAGCGGUUCGCAGGUGUCACUAAUCACGGAAGCGUGCGUAAAGCGUCUUGAGUUGAGACGUAGCAACGCUACACUGGAGGUCACCGGCGUCAACGCAGAGGUUGUCGGUCGCACAGCCGGCAAGGUCAUGCUGGUGUUGUCAUCGCGCUUCGAGGAUGAAACCAAGCUAACCACUCAAGCCUACGUUCUAGGGAAACUAACGGCAACCCUGCCGUGCCAGCGAUUCAGCGAAUCCAAUGUGCCCUACUUGCAGGGGCUGCAGUUGGCCGACCCGCAGUUCAACAAGCCGGGAGCAAUCGACAUUAUUCUUGGAGCCGAUGUCUUCCUGUCGGUAUUGGAAUCAGGACAGGUCAAGAACCACAACGGAACUCCUGUGGCACAACGUUCCAUUUUCGGAUGGAUGGUCGCAGGUAAGCUCGCGAAACAGGAAUGUGUUUAUGCCUACCACUCGGUCAUCAAUCUGAACCAAGAAAUUGACAUCGACCGGACGUUGCGGUUGUUCUGGGAGGAUCAGGAACUCCACAAUCCCAAGCAACUCACCAAGGAUGAGCAAAGGGUGGUUGAAGGUUUCAACUCCACUCUCACGCGCUCGCAGGAAGGUCGCUUCAUCGUCCGUUUGCCAAUGGAUGACUCGAAGCUCAAGUUGGGAAACUCUCUGGUCGCCGCCACCAGGCGAUUGAGAUGCAUGGAACGUCGAUUCGAGAAUGACAGCGAUUUCAAACAGCGAUAUGUGGCGUUCAUACGGGAAUAUCAAGAGCUAGGCCACAUGAGGAUUGUGCCGCCAGCGGAGGUCGACGUCGACUGCUCAAAGGCAUACUACCUGCCGCAUCAUGGAGUGGUAAAAGAGGACAGCAUCACCACCAAACUCCGGGUUGUGUUCGAUGGGUCAUCGUCAUCUGCUACCACGACCGGAGUAUCGCUCAAUGAUAUUUUGUUGGAUGCCCCGAACAUCAACGCAGAUCUGUUCGACGUGUUGCUGCGAUUCCGAUCGUACCCGGUGGUCUUCAUAGCGGACAUUGAGAAGAUGUACCGCCAGGUGCUAGUGCACCCUGGCGACACCGACUACAUGCGCAUCGUAUGGCGAGACUCACCCGAUAAGCCUAUCCAGCAUUUUCGUCUUCUUACCGUUACCUACGGUUUGAAGAACUCAGGGUUCCUUGCGAUGGCAGCGCUGCACAAGGCAGCUGAAGCAUACGAAUCAACAUACCCGGAAGCAGCGGAACGAGUUGUGAAACAUACCUACGUCGACGAUCUAACAUCAGGUGCGAAUUCGGUGGAAGAAGCAAUGCAGCUCAUCGUGCAAAUCAACGAGAUUCUUGGGGAAGCUGGGUUUACUCUUCGUAAAUGGAGUUCAAACUCGUCUGAAGUACUGGGAUCAUUGUCGGACACCAUCAUCACCUCGAUGCCGAUCCAAUUCCCGGACGAACGAAACACUGUGAAGGCGCUUGGGAUACACUGGCUUCCAACCGAGGACGUUUUCACGUUCAAAGUGACCAUGCCUACCGACGGGCCGAACACGAAACACCAGCUGUUGUCGGACUCGGCGAAGCUAUUCGAUCCAUUCGGAUGGUUCGCACCGGCGAUUGUACGAGUCAAGAUCCUCUAUCAAAAAUGUUGGCUCUACGAUCUCAACUGGCACGACAAGCUACCACCAACCAUCGAAGAGGCGUGGAUCGAGGUUAAGGAGAAUCUGCAUCUACUGGAAGAAGUCAAGUUGUCUAGGUGGGCAGCAAACUACAACGGACGCAUCGAGCUGCACGGUUUCUCAGAUGCUUCUGAGGAGGCAUAUGCGGCUGUGGUAUACCUGCGGUCGGUCGACAGCAACGGAGAAGUUCAUGUUACCUUGCUCGCCGCGAAAACGAAGGUCGCUCCGGUUCGUCAAAUUUCCAUACCACGUCUGGAGCUCAACGCAGCCGAACUGUUGGCGAAGCUCAUGCAGCAAGUAGCAACACCACUCGAAAGAUUCCAAAUCGAUCAGUACGCCUGGACGGAUUCCACCAUCGUAUUGCAGUGGCUGUCCGGCCACCCCCGCAAGUGGAAUACCUACAUAGCAAAUAGAACCUCUUCGAUUUUGGACAUCCUGCCUAGAAAGCACUGGGCUCACGUCACUUCCAAGGAAAAUCCUGCCGAUUGUGCAUCCCGUGGCGUAUCUCCGUUGGAACUUGUCAACCAUCCGCUAUGGUGGUCAGGGCCCCCAUGGCUAUCCGACGAUUCCUCAACGUGGAACCGAGACGCACCAGAUGAUACUCACGACGAAGAAACUCUAGAGCUCGCCCGCGUCAGGAGAUUCGUUUGCAAUCUGAGAUGCACGAUUACCGGCAGCAGCAAGGUCUCCGGUUCAAUUUUGCCAUCCGAGCUGCAUGAGGCGCGGUUGCAGUUCAUCCGAUUGGCACAGCAGGACUCCUUCCAAAGCGAAAUCAAGGCCCUCGUCCGUGGCGAUGAAGUUCCAUCCAAAUCCAGCAUCGCAAGCCUGUACCCAUUCCUGGACGGUACCGGCACACUGAGGGUAGGAGGACGAUUGCAGCACUCGGUGUACUCUUUCGACGUCAAGCAUCCGAUAAUCGUACCGAAAAAUCAUCGCUACACAAAACUGCUGGUGGAGGAGAUUCACGUAAACAACUGCCAUGCCGGGCCAACUUUGAUGACAGCCACAAUCAACCAGCGGUACUGGAUCCAAGGUUGUCAAACAGUGAUCAAACAGCACAUUCGGAAGUGUAUGUCGUGUUGUCGUCAAAAGGCCCAGACCGCAAAACAGCUUAUGGGAAGUUUACCGGCUGCCCGGGUGACAGCAUGUCGCCCUUUCGCUCAUGUUGGGGUGGACUAUGCUGGUCCGAUAUUGGUGAGUUGCAGCAACACCCGAGGUGCGCGGUGUAUGAAAGGAUAUAUCGUUGUCUUCGUCUGCCUUUCAAGUAAAGCCGUUCACUUGGAAGUCGCAGGGGAUUUGACCACCGACACCUUUUUGGGAGCGUUCAAAAGGAUGAUUGCACGCCGUGGAUAUUGCAACGAAGUGUGGUCGGAUAACGGCACGAAUCUGGUGGGAGCUGAUCGACAGCUACAGGAGAUCUACGAGACAGUCACCAAACACGUCAAGCAAAAGGAACAUCUCUUCACAAACCUCGGGAUUCGUUGGCGAUUCAUACCACCGGCAAGCCCUCAUCAAGGUGGUAUAUGGGAAGCGGCGGUGAAAAGCGCUAAGGAGCUGCUUCGACCGAUCCUGGGCGACGAGAAGCUUACUCACGAGGAACUCUCAACGGUGUUGUGUCAAGUGGAGGCUUGUCUCAAUUCGAGACCCCUCUGCCCGAUGUCGUCAAGUCCCGAUAGUCUCGAAGCACUUACACCGGGGCACUUCUUGGUUGGGCAGCCCCUAAAUCUGCUGCCUGAACCGGACGUCACGCAUCUCAAGAUGAACCAACUCGAUAGAAGGCAGCGGGUUCAACGGUACACGGAAGAGUUUUGGCGACGCUGGCGUGAUGAGUACAUCGCCACGCUGCAACCCAGAGGCAAAUGGAAAACCAAGCAAGAGAACCUGAAACCUGGACAUCUGGUUCUCGUGAAGAACGACAAUAGCCCGUCGUCGGCUUGGGAAAUGGCCCGUAUCGUAGCUGUUCACCCGGAUCAACAAGGACUGGUUCGCAACGUCACGCUUCGCAGAGGCAAAUCAGAGUACCAACGAUCCGUCCAGAAGUUGUGUCCUCUCCCUGAUUGAGACGCUGCCUCAAGGCGGGGUGGAUGUUGAGGAUCCGCCGACCCCUCGGCGCACCGCCAAUCUAUCAAUUUUGUUUAUCUCUAUCACAAAUAAUUAUCCAAGAACAAAAGCCUAUGUAAACAUUUUUAUUUGAACAAACAUUAAAGUUGAACAUGUACAAUCGUUCGGUCGCGUUUAUAUAACCCGUCCCGAAAACCCCGAAAAAGUAUUCGCGAAAUAGUUACGGUCGUUCCGGAAGUCGGUUCCCGGUCCAAGUUUGUCCCUCCCCUAUCGCUACAGUCCACUCCGGUACAAUUUCAAUAAUCAGAUAAUCACGACUGAUGUACGCAGUCAUUUAACCCUAGCAGGAUGUUGGGGUCAAUAUGACCCAGACAGGCUCGCUAAACGUGCACUACGCCAUCGUGGUGCGCCUAAUAUCCUAGGAGGGUUAAUCUGUUCAGUGAGUCACAUAUGAAAACUAAUUUAUGAGUUAGUCAUUGUAACCAAAACGGUCAUGAGGCAUUGGAUGAGGUGCAAGAAUGCACUCGACCAAUA